AUGUCUUUGAAAAGUACAAGGUUUCAAAUGGGUCUUGCAUACCUUAUCUGUGAUAUUUGUGAUCCCAAUCCAUGUGAAAAUGGCGGUGUUUGUUUGCCAGGAUUGUCUGACAAUUCCUUUUCCUGUGAGUGUCCAGAUGGCUUCACAGAUCCCAACUGUUCUAGUGUUGUGGAGGUUGCAUCAGAUGAAGAAGAGCCAACGUCAGCAGGUCCCUGCAUUCCUAACCCAUGCCAUAAUGGAGGAACCUGCGAAAUCAGUGAGGCUUACCGAGGGGACACGUUCAUAGGUUAUGUUUGUAAAUGUCCUCGAGGAUUUAAUGGGAUUCACUGUCAGCACAACAUAAAUGAAUGUGAAGCAGAGCCAUGCAAAAAUGGUGGAAUAUGUACAGACCUUGUUGCUAACUAUUCCUGUGAGUGCCCAGGUGAAUUCAUGGGAAGAAAUUGUCAAUACAAAUGCUCAGGCCCAUUGGGAAUCGAAGGUGGAAUCAUAUCAAAUCAGCAAAUCACAGCUUCCUCUACCCACCGAGCUCUUUUUGGACUGCAGAAAUGGUAUCCCUACUAUGCACGUCUCAAUAAGAAGGGGCUUAUAAAUGCAUGGACAGCUGCAGAAAAUGACAGAUGGCCAUGGAUUCAGAUAAAUUUACAAAGAAAAAUGAGAGUUACUGGUGUUAUUACCCAAGGAGCCAAGAGGAUUGGAAGUCCAGAGUAUAUAAAAUCCUACAAAAUUGCCUAUAGUAAUGAUGGAAAAACUUGGGCGAUGUACAAAGUAAAAGGCACUAAUGAAGAUAUGGUGUUUCGUGGAAACGUUGAUAACAACACACCCUAUGCUAACUCUUUCACACCUCCCAUAAAAGCUCAGUAUGUAAGACUCUAUCCCCAAGUUUGUCGAAGACAUUGCACUUUGAGAAUGGAACUUCUUGGAUGUGAACUAUCCGGCUGUUCAGAGCCUCUGGGGAUGAAAUCAGGACACAUACAAGACUAUCAGAUCACCGCCUCCAGCAUCUUCAGGACUCUCAACAUGGACAUGUUCACCUGGGAACCAAGGAAAGCUCGGCUGGACAAACAGGGCAAAGUGAAUGCCUGGACCUCUGGCCACAAUGACCAGUCGCAAUGGUUACAGGUGGACCUUCUGGUCCCUACCAAAGUAACUGGCAUCAUUACACAAGGAGCUAAAGAUUUUGGUCAUGUACAGUUCGUAGGUUCUUACAAACUAGCAUACAGCAAUGAUGGAGAACACUGGACUGUAUACCAGGAUGAAAAGCAAAGAAAAGAUAAGGUUUUCCAGGGCAAUUUUGACAAUGAUACGCACAGGAAAAAUGUCAUCGACCCUCCCAUCUAUGCACGGCACAUAAGAAUCCUUCCUUGGUCCUGGUAUGGAAGGAUCACACUGCGGUCGGAGCUGCUGGGCUGCACAGAGGAGGAGUGAGGAGACUCCAUACCCCACAACUCUCCUCUCUAUCUCCCUAAAAGUAUCUCCACGGAAUGAACUGUGCAAAAUCUGUAGGAAACUGAAUGGUAUUUUUCAUGAAAAAGUGCUUAAAUUAGGGUAGGCCACUGUCUUUAAGGAGGUCUAAGCUUACCUUUUCAAUGGUUUAAUUUGAUUUUUAUUGUUUAAAU